CAUCCAUCUGAAAACUGCUAAACAGACAAAUCCACACACAGACAAGCAUCUACAGUUUCUUUCUUUCUUUUCUCGGAGUCUCUUUUCUUUACUUUGAUUUCGCUGUCGGAAAAUUCGAAUGGCGGUGGAUUCGAUUCUUUCGUCUCCGUUAGGACCUCCGGCGACCGAGAGCGACGCCAAGGCACUUCAAUUCAUCGAGGAAAUGACUCGGAAUGCCGACUCGGUUCAGGAGCGUGUCCUCGCGGAAAUCCUCGCUCGGAAUGCUCAGACAGAAUACCUCAAAAGCUUCGACCUCGGCGGAGCCACCGACCGAGACACCUUCAAGUCGAAAGUUCCGAUGGCGACGUACGAGGAUCUCCAGCCGUUGAUUCAGAGGAUCGCUAAUGGCGAUAAAUCUCCGAUUCUCUCGUCUCAUCCUGUCUCCGAAUUCCUCACCAGCUCGGGAACCUCUGCCGGUGAAAGAAAACUGAUGCCGACUAUCAAAGAAGAAUUGGAUCGUCGCCAGCUGCUCUACAGUCUUCUGCAGCCUGUCAUGAACCUAUACGUGAAAGGACUGGACAAAGGCAAAGGCCUCUACUUCCUGUUCAUCAAAUCCGAGACGAAGACUCCGGGCGGGCUCCUAGCCCGACCCGUUCUCACCAGCUACUACAAAAGCGACCACUUCAAAAACCGACCCUACGACCCGUACAACGUCCAGACCAGCCCCAACGAAGCCAUCCUCUGCCCCGACUCCUUCCAAAGCAUGUACACCCAAAUGCUCUGCGGCCUCUACGACCGCCACCACGUCCUCCGCGUCGGCGCCGUCUUCGCCUCCGGCCUCCUCCGCGCCAUCAAAUUCCUCCAGCAGAACUGGCCGGAGCUGGCCCACGACAUCCGGACCGGAUCCCUAAACCCGAAAAUAACCGACCCGGCCAUCCGCGAAUGCAUGACCCGAAAAAUCUCCCGACCCGACCCAGAUUUGGCCGACUUCAUCACAAAGGAAUGCUCCAACCCAAGCUGGGAAAAAAUCAUUACAAGAAUGUGGCCUAACACGAAAUACCUGGAAGUGAUCGUGACCGGGGCCAUGGCGCAGUACAUUCCGACGCUGGAUUAUUACAGCGGCGGGCUGCCCAAAGCGUGUACGAUGUACGCGUCAUCCGAAUGCUACUUCGGCCUCAACCUUAACCCCAUGUGCAAACCCUCCCAAGUCUCCUACACCAUAAUGCCUAACAUGGCGUAUUUUGAGUUCCUCCCACAUGACAACAACAAUAACGUUAAUUCCAACUCGUUGACCGACCUCGUUGACCUCGCCGACGUGGAGGUCGGAAAAGACUACGAGCUCGUCAUCACAACCUACGCCGGACUCUGCCGCUACCGCGUCGGCGACAUCCUACGUGUCACCGGCUUCCACAACGCCGCCCCGCAGUUCCAAUUCGUCCGCCGGAAAAAUGUCCUCCUCAGCAUCGACGCCGACAAGACCGACGAGGCGGAGCUCCAGUCCGCCGUCGACUCCGCCUCCCGCCUCCUCCGCGAAUUCAACACCUCCGUCGUGGAGUACACCAGCUACGCCGACACCGCCACCAUCCCCGGCCACUACGUCGUCUACUGGGAGCUUCUCCCUAAAGACGACAGAAACUCCGGCGACACCCCACCUGCCGGUCACGUGCUCGACCGGUGCUGCCUUGCCAUGGAAGAGUCGCUUAACUCGGUUUACCGGCAAUGCCGAGUCGCCGAUAACUCGAUCGGACCGCUCGAGAUCCGGGUCGUCCAGACCGGCACCUUCGAAGAACUCAUGGACUACGCCAUUUCUCGAGGAGCCUCCAUUAAUCAGUACAAAGUCCCUAGAUGUGUCAGUUUCACCCCAAUCAUGGAGCUCCUGGACUCCCGAGUCAUUUCCCGACACUUCAGCCCCUCGCCGCCGCAUUGGUCUCCCGACCGCCGCCGCUGAGCCGUCCUUCCGGUCUGACCCGACCCGAUCCGGCCCUUAGUUUAAUUUUCUACGUUCCCUGUCGUUAUGCUUCUUCAAUGUGUUUAAUUUAAUUAGGUGUGCAAAGUAGAAGUAAAAAAAAAAUGUUAGGUUUAAUUAAUUAAAAUUAAAUCUGUAUGGAUGGUUCAGUUCUGCUCGAAGACGACGUGACGCUUUGGGGCUUAUUCAAUGAAUUGAACUUUUUAUUAUUA